UCCUUCCUUCCUUCUCCCGGGGUGUCCAAAACCUGGACCUGUCUCCGCGCUCGCUUCGCCUCUACCCGCCUCCCGGGUUUCUCCUGCGGCGGCGAAGGCGAACCUCUUGCGCGAGGAAACGCAAGAACGAGGAGGAGGAGGAGGAGAGGAAAGUUGGGAAACUUGUUCGUCAACUCCGCCGGCUGUGCAGCCGCUGGUGGCCGGGGAGAGAGAGCGAAAGAGAGAGCGAGGGAGCGCGCAUGAAAUAAAGAGCAUGAAAGCCAACUGAGCGACGGUCGCAGAGGGGGGUUCGGCUUGGAGGCGCCGGGGGUGCGUCUUCUUGGCAGGAUGAAUUCAGAAAGAGACUCUGAAACGACCUUUGAUGAAGACACUCAGCCCAAUGAUGAGGAGGUUCCCUAUAGCGAUGAUGAGACAGAAGAUGACUUGGAAACUCAACCUGAGGUUGAGCCAGAACAAAACCGUUUUAACAUAGAGGUGGAAGCAACUCGAGAGACACUUCGAAAAGAUUGCAGCUGGCAAGUUAAAGCAAAUGACAGAGCUUUCUAUGAGCAACCCCAAUUUAAGAAAACAAUAUUCCUUUGUAUUCAGAAAAGUAAAUACGCGGUAAGUAAACAUCUCUGUACAGAAUUCAAUUUGCAUUUCAGUGGCCUUUUGGAAGCCACUCUUUCAAAAAUGGUGGUUAGAGCUAAAUUGGAGACAAUUCCUCAGAUAACGACUCUGUCUUGGUAUACUACGUUGGUUCCGUUACUCCUCGUCUUGGGUAUCACUGCAGUUAAAGAUCUAGUGGACGAUAUUUUCAUUUUUGUAUAUAUAAUGUACACAUUUCUAUGUGUAAAUAUCUUGCUACUUAGUUUUCAGAACACAAAAUGGAAAGACAUUGUAGUUGGCGAUAUCAUCCGUUUGGGGAAAAAUGCAUUUGUUCCUGCUGAUAUUUUGUUGUUGUCCAGUUCGGAGCCCAAUAGCCUUUGUUAUGUAGAAACAGCUGAAUUAGAUGGGGAAACCAACUUAAAGUUCAAAAUGUCACUGGAAGUAACAGACAGGUGCCUUCAGGAAGAAAGUGCACUUGCAGUAUUUGAUGGCCUGGUAGAAUGUGAAGAGCCCAACAAUCGUCUAGAUAAAUUUACAGGCGCUUUGUUAUGGAGAGGAAAGAGAUAUGCUUUGGACUCUGAUAAAAUUUUGUUACGUGGUUGUAAAAUCCGGAACACGGAAGUAUGUCAUGGACUUGUCAUAUUUGCAGAUUUUUGUAUUACUCAUUCUGGAGUCUGCCGGACUGGCUAUUGGACACACUUACUGGGAACAACAAAUUGGGAAUUCUUCUUGGUAUCUCUAUGAUGGUGAAGAUUAUUCCCCUUCAUACCGUGGCUUCCUUAACUUUUGGGGCUACAUCAUUGUGCUUAACACCAUGGUUCCCAUAUCCCUCUAUGUGAGUGUUGAAGUGAUCCGUCUGGGCCAAAGUUAUUUUAUCAACUGGGACUUGCAGAUGUAUUAUCCAGAGAAGGAUACAGCUGCGAAAGCAAGGACUACCACUUUGAAUGAACAAUUGGGACAGAUCCACUACAUCUUCUCAGACAAGACAGGCACCUUGACACAGAAUAUCAUGACCUUCAAAAAAUGUUGCAUAAAUGGACAAACCUACGGAGAGUGCAGGGACAAAACAGGGGAAGAGCACGAUCAUUUAGAACAAGUUGAUUUAAGCUGGAAUAUGCAUGCAGAUGGAAAACUUAAUUUUUACGAUCAUUACCUGAUUGAAAAAAUUAAAACUGGGAAAGAAACUGAAAUCCAGCAAUUCUUCCUCCUUCUGGCAAUUUGUCAUACAGUGAUGGUAGAUGCUAGUGAUGGUAAGUGCUACCUGAUCUUUGCAAAUGAAUCCCUUCGGACAUUGUGCCUUUGCUACAAGGAAAUUACCCAUUAUGAAUAUGAAUUAUGGGAAAAGAAGUUCAUGGCAGCUUCUCUGGCCUUAACAAAUCGUGACGUGGCUCUUGACAAAGUGUAUGAAGAAAUUGAACAAAAUCUAAUUCUUUUAGGUGCCACGGCAAUAGAAGACAAGUUACAAGAUGGAGUGCCAGAAACCAUCUCCAAAUUGGCAAAAGCAGAUAUUAAGAUCUGGGUUUUGACAGGUGACAAAAAAGAAACUGCUGAAAAUAUUGGUUUUUCCUGUGAACUCUUAACAGAUGAAACUAAUAUCCACUAUGGAGAAGACAUCAGCGCUCUUUUGCAAACAAGAUUGGAGAACCAGAGGAACCAAAUCGGGACAUAUGACAAAUCUUCCAGCAGAGCCAAUGAACCCUUUUUCGAGGAAGGCAAAAACCAAGCAUUAAUUAUCACUGGAUCAUGGUUGAAUGAAAUCCUCCUGGAGAAGAAAACGAAGAAAAAGAAGCUCCUGAAACUGAAAUUUCCCAAAACAGUAGAAGAGAAAGAAAAGCAUAAGGAGACAAAGCGAAGAAUAGACUUGUACAAGGAGCAACAGCAGCGAAACUUUGUUGAUUUAGCUUGCGAGUGCAAUGCUGUGAUUUGCUGCCGAGUUACCCCCAAACAGAAAGCUAUGGUGGUCGACCUGGUAAAGAGAUACAAGAAAGCCAUAACCUUGGCUAUUGGGGAUGGUGCUAAUGAUGUGAAUAUGAUCAAAACUGCCCACAUUGGUGUUGGGAUAAGUGGUCAAGAAGGGAUGCAAGCUGUCAUGUCCAGUGACUACUCUUUCGGCCAGUUCAGAUAUCUCCAGAGGCUGUUGCUGGUUCACGGUCGAUGGUCUUACAUUAGAAUGUGCAAAUUCCUUCGGUAUUUCUUCUACAAAAACUUUGCUUUUACCUUAGUGCAUUUCUGGUACUCCUUCUUCAAUGGCUAUUCUGCUCAGACAGCGUACGAGGAUUGGUUUAUCACGCUAUACAAUGUAUUAUAUUCCAGUCUGCCAGUUCUACUUGUUGGAUUACUUGACCAGGAUGUGAGUGAUAAACUGAGCAUACGGUUUCCUAGGCUGUACAUCUUGGGACAAAAAGACUUGCUUUUUAACUACAAGAAGUUCUUCUUAAGCCUCCUGCAUGGCGUUAUAACAUCCCUGAUCAUUUUCUUCAUACCGUAUGGUGCUUACCUACAAACCAUGGGACAGGACGGAGAAGCGCCUUCUGACUACCAGUCAUUUGCAGUCACUGCCUCCUCUUCUCUCGUAAUUGCAGUUAAUUUUCAGAUGGGAAUGGAUACAUCUUACUGGACAUUUGUUAAUGCCUUCUCAAUAUUUGGGAGCAUUGCACUUUAUUUUGGCAUCAUGUUUGAUCUGCACAGUGCUGGGAUCCACAUCCUCUUUCCUUCCGUGUUUCAGUUUACAGGUACCGCUUCAAAUGCCCUCCGACAGCCAUAUAUCUGGUUGACCAUAAUACUAUCUGUCGCUCUCUGUUUGCUGCCCAUCAUUGCCCUCCGAUUCUUGAUGAUGACCAUCUGGCCGACAAAAAGCGAAAAGGUACGGAAGAAUCGCCAAAAGUACAAGGCCGAAGAGGUGAAGUGGAAGCGAAGGCAGAGCGUUAUCCGUCGCGGGGUAACUGGUCGUCGUUCUGCGUAUGCUUUCUCCCAUCAGCGAGGUUACGCUGACCUCAUCGCUUCUGGGCGGAUCAUGCGGCGAAGGCGAGCCUCCCUAACAGCAGUUUUGGGCAGCAAUUUGGCUGAAAUUAGACGAGCUGAAGAAAACAGUUGAUGAUUUCCCCAAUCCCACAGAAAGGAGAGGAAUGAUAGCACCAAAAGUUUAUUUUUCUUACCAAGGACGAAGGAUUCUUUUUC